AUGGGGAAGGGUACGGGCAGCUUCGGCAAGCGCCGGAACAAGACGCACACGCUCUGCAUCCGCUGCGGCCGCCGCAGCUUCCACCUCCAGAAGAGCACCUGCUCCUCAUGCGGCUACCCCGCCGCCCGCAUCCGCAAGUAUAACUGGAGUAUUAAGGCCAUCAGGCGCAAGACAACUGGUACAGGAAGGAUGAGGUACAUGCGACACGUGCCUUGCCGGUUCAAGAGCAACUUCAGAGAAGGGACCGAGGCUGCCCCAAAGAAGAGUGCUGCUGCCAGCAACUAA